GAAGCUUGAGGAUGUUCAACAGAUUAGAAGGUUAUUAUCGUCUCGAGAUCAAUUUACACCGUUUUGUUGAGUUUGUUUUGCUUCACAUUUUUUUUGUGUUUCUUUUGUGUAUCCAGAUGCAGGAGGAGUGUGUGUCUCUGCAGGUGUGUGUCAGUGUGGUCGGAGCGCUGGAGUGUGUAGUGCGCAGAUGUCUCGGUCCAGACGGUGGAAGUGUGCUGUUCACGCGAGACACAGGAGAGGCUCUCAUCACCAGACAUGGACAACGCGUUCUCAGCACGCUCCACCUGCAGCACCCCAUGGCCAGGAUGGUGGUGGACUGUGUGUGUGCACAUGCUAAAGCUACCGGAGACGGCACAAAAUCAUUCCUUCUCCUGCUGGCCGCGCUGUUACGAGGAAUUCAGGACUCACACAUGCAGCGCAGAGGAUCGCGGAGCAUCCCUAGUCUUCAAAAUCUUGCUAAUCGCCUGUUGGCUGUGAGCGGGAAGGAGUUGGAAGAUGUCGUAACACGCAAAAUUACCCCAUAUGCCUCACUGUACUGUAGUCACCAUAGUUACAAACUGGAGGGCAGCAUUCUUGAUUUGCUGAUCGGUGGGUAUAUUUCUGGAAGAGUGGGGAUCGGCCAGGCGGAUGUACUGAAGCGAGUCCUGUGUGAGUUCUACCACAAAGUCAGUCGAGAUCAAAAUGCAGUAGAAAGGAUCUCAUUCAUACAUUCACACUUCUCUUUUCUACAUACGCCCGUGACAGGACUACCUAUUGCCUGCUCCGAGGUGAUUGAAGGCCUGGUUGUGACUUGUGAUUGGUCAAUGUGGACUGAAAGGCAAGGACCAAUAAAAGCAAUAAUUUUAUAUGAGAGUUUUGGAGCUUCCUUUGUCGCUGUAGGUGAAAACAUAUCUGUGUGCAUUCAAAAGGACCAUCUGCACCGCUCGGAGAGCGUCAUGAAGCAAAAGUUAGCGAGUUUAUUAGACUUACAAGUGCAUGUGGUGCUGUCUUCCGUGAAGCAGCCAGAAAGAGUGUCACAAUGGGCUCGACUGAACCAUGUUUCUUUACUUGAGUGUGUCGAUUCAGCCCAGCUGGAUUUUCUUUCACACAUCAGCGCUGCAGAAACACUCUCUCAUCCACCGCUUCAACACCUUGUGAUGCUCAAGUACUGUAGACGUGUGCAACUCGGCGGGCAUCGCUAUGCCUGUCUGGAAACCUUUUUGCACAUGCACACGCUUGUUCUUUGUGCACCAGCGCCGGGAUUUCUUGACCAGAUUGUGUGUGUGAGCCAAGGUGUGUUUGCAAUGCUGCAACAUCUAUCUCAAAGCUUCCGUCAGACACUGGCAUCUGACCAAUCACAGAGUCCUUCUUCGGACCAAUCAGAAAGCGUGCUUUCAUCGCAAGACCUGUGGGGUGGUGUUCUGCGUGCAGGUGGAGUGCUUCCUGUUGGCGGCAUGUUUGAGUUCUUGCUACAUCAUUUUUUGUUGAAUGAACAUAGCUCUUGUGACCCAGAGAGCUGUAGGCUUCUGGGAGAGGCUUUGUUGUGCUUGCCUAGAACAUUGUAUUCUCACAAUCACAGACGGUUUCUGAAUAUCCAGACACGUUUCUUGGAUGAUCUUAAGCAAUGGGACAAGACCAAAGAGCAAAGGUCAGAAAUGCCUGAGUUGAAGUUUGGGUUCGGCGAGAGUUCUGUACCGUGUCUUGAGUCGGUCAGUGGAAAGAAGCAGCUGGUUGUUUCUGUCUUGCAGUGUUUGCACAGACUCUUAUGUGUAGGGGCUAUUUUACACACAUGCACUCCAUUACGCACCGGCCCUCAAACACACUCUGAGGAGGAUGAGGAUGAGGAGGAAGAGAAGCCGAAGUGUUCAAAUUCUACUCAGUCAACAGAUGCAUAAGUGUGUAAUAUUCAGUCAUCCGCUACAUGCUUCUUAUACACACUGAGCUCUGAUCUGUCUACAGUGGCCCUAAAAAGUUAUGCUUGUCUGAAUGUCAAAGCAUUGGAUAAAAAAUAUAAAACAAAGUGGCAUCUGCAAACUAAUGCUUCUUUUUUGAGCCAUGUUUGCAAUGACUUUAAGUCAUGUUAGUUCAUGUAUGAUGUCAGUACCUCUCAAGUUCACAAAUGUGUCCUUGCAGAAUAAAAUAGCAGUAGAUCAUCAUAUUUAUUACAUUUAAAGCCUUUUUCCUUUAUUUUUCUUUUAAAAUAAAUGCCACUUGCUUUGAUAUUUUAUGAUAUAAAAGACAUUCAGGCAUGUUUAAGAGUCCAAAUACUUUUAUUAUGUAAUAUAUAUUUAUUUAUCUAAAUAAAAUUCUGUAAUUUUUGUAACACCUUCAUAGAAAAUACCAAUUA